AUGCGAGUUUCCAUCAAAUCUGAGGGAGACGGGUCGGCGGACAGUGACUCUCAGACAGAUUUGGAGCACACUGCCAGUACGGCUACCACUUUGAAAAAAGCCGCGUCCAAUACGUUCUCUCAUUGCACCACUGCUUUCUUUGCCAGCUCCAGCGACGACAGCAUGUUCGGGGACGAUGAUUCACAAGUCUCAGCCAUGGAGCUGUCGUCCGGGGCGUCCGACGCAGAGGCAGUCAGCAUUUGGACCUGGAAGACCUGUGGCUUACCUAUCAGUGGUUUCUUUCUCGCGUUCGUGAAUGCCAUUGCAUCUGGGGUCGUCUAUGGCUUCUUCCUUGGCUACAUGGGCCUGGAUUCUUACAUCAUCUCGUCAAUUGGAGCACUCAUGAAGCUUCCAGAGGUGCUGCUUCUGCCGUUGGGCGUGCUCAAUGAUUGCUUGCCCAUCUUUGGCUACAGCAGGAAGCCAUAUUUGGCGCUUGGCUGGCUCAUUUGUGGCUCAGCACUUCUGGUAAUGAGCCUGAAGACAUUGCCAGCUCCAUACUACUGCCAGUUUCCGGAUGGCACGUACGACUGGAUGUCACCUCCGUGCAAUCCAGACAUCCACUCCCAGCGGAACUGGUAUGUCUUCCCUCUAUUCCUGCUCAUUGCAGGUGCCCAAGUUGGAAGCGUGGCUGGUGAAGGCUUGUUGUUGGAGUACUCGCGGCAGGAGCCUAUUGAGCGCCGAGGGCAAAUCAAAGCCCAAAUGACGAUGGUCACCACGGCAGGUGCGCUAGCAUCCUCCGUUGUGAUCGGAUUCUUGAUGAACAGCAAAGCUUAUCUGGGGACCUUUGACUGGGGAUUGUCCUUCAGCGGCUUGAUGACUGUGUGCUUGGUCAUGGUCAUCUUCGUGAUCCCGAUCAGCUGGCUCUGCGUUCAUGAGGACAGGAAAACCACGCGCCCAUCCAGCCGUGAACACAUGAAGUCGUCUUGGAAGCUUGUGAAGAAGAAGGCCCUGUCCAGCGUGUUAUGUUUCGCAUUUGUUGUUCAGUUCUUCGUCGCAAGCUCCACCACGGCAGCACCUCUGGUCCGCAGCCAAUGGGCAGGGGUCAAGGUCCUCCAGCAGCAGAUUUUUGGCAUGGGCGGCAUGUUUGUCAUGAUGGUAGUAACUUGGAUCUACAAGGAGUACUUUCUGCAGAUGAGCUGGAGGAAGGCAAUCCUGCUGUCAAUCCUGGCAGUAACUAUUUCUGACUGUGUGCCAACCUUCCUCACCAUCUUUGGCGUGGUCCGUGACCAGUAUUUUUACCUUGGUGAGGAUGUGGCCGGUUCCAUACCCAAGGCUGCUCUAGCGCUUGUGUCGAACCUGAUGAUCAUUGAGCUGGCUGAAACUGGAAGGGAGGGUCUCUGCUACGGUCUGGUUGGGACACUUCAGCAUGCAAGCUUGCCUCUGUCCACAGUUGUGAGCAACCAAGUCUAUGGUCUCUUCACACCCAGUUUGUCAAAGCUAGACAACUAUGUGGCGGACACAUCUCAGUUUCGAGCAAUUGUGGCCUGGUCCUACGGGCUUACUUACGUCACAUCCUUGCUCAGCUUGUUGGCGCUCCCGCUGAUCCCUCGACAGAAGGCUGAGGCACAUCGGCGGAAGAUUGAGUGGAGCUCCAACUCCGCCAUGGCCUUUUUGGUGUUGUUCAUACCGGCCAUGGCCCUACUCUAUGGCAUCACCGUGUUGGUUCUGACGACUCAGCCACGGACAGCGUGCUGGCGCUGGAUUGGCGGUCCGGGCUGUUAA